UCUAUUCUGGUGAUCAUAAUUAUUUGAUGGCGUAGCUUCUGGUUUCUCAACCACCCUUUUGUACACACGAUCUAGCUGUGAAUAAUUUAGCACAGGGAGCUAGAAAGGUGGGUCCCUUAAAACAGCAGGUACAGUCAAACUCAGGAGGCAGGACUCAAGGAGAGAGCUCUAUCAUCCACCCACUCCUUACACACAGCUCUUCAGUCUGGCUCUCUUAGCCUGUGCUUCCAUAGAGCCGUGUAACGAUCCAUUUCUUCAUCCAUCCAUCUGUGCGUCCUUUCAUCACAUCAGGCACCGCAGUGUCCAGCUGAAGUGCGUUUGCCGCAGGUCAGGAACCUCUUGGACGGACUGACGCUCUCGCUCGGUCCCCUCUUCAUUCAGCCACCAUGGAGGAACUCCAGAGAAAACUGAACCAGCGCUAUGAAGGCACCAAGCCCAGAAAGGUGAGGUUCAAGCUGGCGUCGUCCUACAGCGGUCGGGUGCUGAAGCACGUGUACGAGGACGGUCAGGAGCUGGACAGUCCAGAGGAGAAAUACCCUCACAGCUUUGUCCACCGCAAGAUCCCGCCCAGCCACCUGGAGAUGGAGCAGCUCUGCGGGUUUGAGGACACUCAUGGGGACCAACAGGGUGUCUAUCCUCCAACAGGGCUCAUUGCCCAGAGAAUCAAUGUGUACAGAGGAAUGGGAGGCUACAAGCCUACUGCCAGCCAGACUGAAGACGCAGAGGGAGAUGUCAAUUCCCCAGUGUUGGACUUUGGUAAGAUAAUCAUCUACACCAGCAAUCUGCGCAUCAUCAGAGCACCACCGAGGAAGCCCGAAGCGCUGCGGCACCACACAGUGCCCCGUGUGGACUUGGAGGGGUACGCAAAGGCCAGAGAGAGGGGGAGCAGGAGGAAGGCUAAAGUUCCUUUUACGCAGGAUGGGGAGGAGAAGGAGGAGGAGAAACAGAUCAGCGACUCAGAGACGAAGGAGACCGACAUCUGCCAGCAUUGUGGCGGUUCGGGCUGCGCUCCCUGCUCUCUGUGUCACGGUAGCAAGCUGUCCAUGCUGGCGAACCGCUUCAAUGAGUCCAUCAGUGAUCUGCGUUGCCAAGCCUGCUACCCCCAUGGUCUGGAGAGGUGCCAGUCCUGCUCCAGCAAAUAGCACUGUUUGGCUGACACCCAUGUUUGGCAGUGAGAGCGCGAGCGAGUGAAUGAGAAUGUGUAGCUGUGAGUGAGCGUGUGUCCGAUGUGCUAUCGGUUUGUCAGAAUUGUCUCAGUGGCAAUAUUGCUCUAAUCCAAAACGUUCUUGGUGGGGUGUUUCGAAGCACUACGAGGAAACAUAAGCCAUCAUUGGAGAGGGGAAUUGUGACUGUGCAGCAGGCACAAAAAUCAUAAAAUACAAUUACUGUGUGCAGUGAACAUGGCUUGUGAUAACACAAACACAUAAUCACUCUUUUGUUGUCACGUUAUUUUGCAUCUGCACCCUCCUUCCCGAUAAAACCUGGUUCCACGACAGAGUUAUCGUUCUAAUUAAAAACGAUGCAAACAUUUUGCGUUUUAUUUUUAUCUACCGGGAAGGCAGCCCUGCUCCUAUCUCCCCUCUCUAUUCACUAGAGAGAAUGAAACCUUUUUCAUCUCUACAUGAUGUACUGCAUGAGGGUAAUUGACACUUUCAUUUAAUUAUUUAUUUUUCAAAACAGAGGGGAAAAAGGAGACCGGAGGAUAAAGAGUUUGAGAUGGAAGGGAAGGGAAAUACAGUGAAAGAUGCGAGUGAGAGAGAGAAAGAGAGAGAGACAAAAGGAGAUAGUUUCAUUAAUGGUAACAGCAUAAAUCGGGGGGGGGUUAUGAUUUAGAGUGCGCUCCACCAAAAUAUGGCACCACUGCUUUGAGGAGGGUGAUGGCGAGACACAGAAAGCAGGAAUCGUCCGUACAAGUUCCAGCUGAUGACAGCUACUGUUGUUAGUAAGGAGAGAAGUUACAAACUUUUAAGCCCCCCAUUUCAAGCCCACAGAGUAUUAAGUGUGACAUUUUAAAAUAUAGACUUUGGAUUGAGGAAGAGGUAGAGACGAGAUAGAGAGAAGAAGAAAGAAAGAGCGGCUAAAUAAAAGGCAGAGAUACUGUAGACCUGCUCAGGAGGUUAAAUGAUGGCGAUUAUGAUUGAGGCUUAUGAUUUUCUUUUUGUUGUUUUUACUUAAUAGUCUCAUUCUCAGGUUUUUGCCACUCCAAUUUAUUUCAAAGCUUA